AGUUUCUCCGUCCCGGAAAACUUGACCACGGUUCGUCGUUCCCAGGGUUCCGUGAGAGCCGUUUGCCCCACCCCACCUCUACAACGCUAUCUAUCUCAAUGUUCAAUUCUCAGAGAAAAAAAAAGGUGGGCAAAAAUAAUUCAGGGUAACACAGCAAAGAAACGAGUCUCACCUCCCCGACCGGUUCAUCGGAGCAACCGCGGCCUGUCGGCGGUUAAAAAUGACAGCGUCGCCGUUGGACCAGUGAUUGAAAACACCGCGGUAUGUUCAUGUAUCAUGCACAUGUAACCAUAAUCUACCAUACGGAUUCAAAAGGAAUACAAAAAUCCGAGAGACUUGACAGCGCCUUGUACCUGCGCCAAACGGGAAAAUAACGGAGGAUUUUCCACGAAUAUCACCUGGAUAUCGCGCUAUAUUCAAGGACAUCCAGCUGCCAAACACCGCCUUAGCUCGGCCCCGGAGAAGCUUUCCGAUGUGAGGAGAAAUACAAAUUGACGUUACGGAGAGAAAAAGGACGGAGAAGGGGCCUCGUUUCUUUCCCCCCCUUUUUUCUUUUCUUUUUUCUUUUUUCCUUUUUUCUUUUCUUUGGGGGGUGGGGGGGUUCUCGUGAAACCCUCCGAAAAAAAGCCAAGCACCAGCAUCUACUUAAGGGGGAGAGGAAAUAAUUUGGACAUCGGCUAAAAACGGGAUCUUAUUGAUAAGGCUCCUAUAUAAUGUGACUGUUGUGGUGGAGACAGAAGCCCCGGUUGUAGCCUGAUGAUUCACAUGCCGUCAUUUUAAGAGGAAAUAUUUAUUUUUUAAUUUCUCCCCAUCCGCCCUGUUAAUGUGCUUUUUUUCCUGGCCAGCCUGAGAUAGGAUUUCAAAUAAUAACCUGAAAUUAUAUUUAAAGGGAGAGUCGAUGGAAAAAAAGAAAACGGGGCUCUUUUUGGUUGUGAGUGGAAAUGAAUUGAACGGCAGAGUGAGGCAUCUGCCAAAGAUGGGCUCCGGAGGAGACAUUUGCUGAGGAAGAUUUAACAUCAAAGCGUGAGAAAAUAUACAUACGUGUAUAUUUAAAACAAAGGAGGAAAAGAAGGGGGGGUAAAAAAUACAUUUAAGGAAGCUGGACCCCACCACCAGCACCACCGCCACCCCUAGACGCUCAUUCAUGUGCAGCCAGAAGCUGGAAAUUUUACAUCCACUCUCAUAUCAAUGUUGAUGACUUCAUUGCGGAUUUACAGUGGGGGAAAAAUACAGGAAUCAAGCAUCUGAGAAGGGCGGCAUCGUAGCUCUGCUCCGUUCUGACUGAUCUGUUGCUGAUAAAUUGCCAGUAAAUAUCCACAUCCCCCCCACCCCAUCCCCUCCUCCACACAUACACAUUGUGCCAAAGCCUGGUGAAGCUCACCGUCUACUACCUGGCGUCUACUUCUGCAUCUGGCAACAUACAUGUCACCCAUUUUGAGCCAGGUGUUCCUCUCUUGGGCCAGUCUAGGAAUUUGGGAUUGAUUUAAAAAAAAAAAAAAAAAACCCUCUCUUUUCUCAUCAUCACCGUCUUCUUUCACCCACCUACCCCAACCAAAUCAACCGCCCUGCCUCCAAACCCUGAACCUGCUACUGGGUUUUUGGGAAGAUGGGCUGCCUUGGCAAUAGUAAGACUGAAGACCAACGAAAUGAGGAGAAGGCACAGAGGGAAGCCAACAAAAAGAUUGAGAAGCAGCUCCAAAAAGACAAACAGAUAUACCGGGCAACUCACCGGCUACUGCUGUUGGGGGCUGGUGAAUCCGGGAAAAGUACGAUAGUCAAACAGAUGCGAAUAUUGCACGUUAAUGGCUUCAACGCAGAGGAGAAAAAACAGAAAAUUCAUGAUAUUAAAAACAACAUUAAAGAAGCUAUAGAGACGAUUGUGGCGGCCAUGAAUACGCUCACACCUCCUUGCCAGUUAGCCUGUCCUGAGAACCAGUCUCGGAUUGAUUAUGUCCUGAACCUAGUAAACCAGAAGGAUUUUGAUUUUCCUACACUUUUGUCUUUUCAGGAGUUUUACGACCACGCAAAAAUCCUCUGGCAAGACGAGGGUGUGCGGGCAUGCUGGGAAAGGUCCAACGAAUAUCAACUCAUCGACUGCGCACAAUACUUCCUAGACCGGAUUGAUGUGGUCAGGCAGAAUGACUACACACCCACUGAUCAGGACCUGCUAAGAUGCAGAGUACUGACAUCUGGGAUCUUCGAGACAAGAUUUCAAAUAGACAAAGUUAAUUUCCAUAUGUUCGACGUUGGAGGUCAGAGGGAUGAACGGCGAAAGUGGAUCCAGUGUUUUAAUGAUGUGACAGCUAUCAUCUUUGUGGUGGCGAGUAGCAGCUACAACAUGGUGAUCAGAGAAGAUAAUCAGACUAACAGACUACAGGAAGCCCUCAAUCUUUUCAAGAACAUUUGGAACAACAGGUGGCUACGGACCAUUUCUGUAAUCCUCUUCCUGAACAAACAGGACCUGCUUGCUGAGAAGGUUUUGGCAGGAAAAUCUAAAAUUGAGGAGUAUUUCCCGGAGUUUGCACGCUACACUACGCCUGAUGAUGCAAUACCGGAGCCAGGUGAAGAUCCCCGUGUUACCAGGGCAAAGUACUUCAUACGGGAUGAAUUUCUGGUGUGUACAAAAGUCAAAGAGAGGAUCAGCACAGCCAGCGGAGACGGGCGGCAUUACUGUUAUCCCCACUUCACCUGUGCGGUCGACACAGAAAACAUCCGCCGCGUCUUCAAUGACUGUCGCGACAUCAUACAGAGGAUGCACCUACGGCAGUACGAGCUCUUGUGAUUGGCAGCGGUGUCCAAUCCUACUUAACUACCUACCAUCAUACCUAGCUAAACACCCCCUCCCGACCAGUUAGCCAAUCACUCAUCCACUUCCCACCAACUUCACCUAACAUCUGAGCAAGCGACUGAGCGCCUUGCCCUCCCCUCCACUCCGAUACAGCUUCUCCUGAUAAACACAACUGCAGAAAAACUGAACAACGGAAAGACUCUUUUCAAAACAAAGGAAACGUUGUUACAGAUACACCACAUCAUCAACUAUCAGCCUGGACUGACUGCUGUACUCAGCUACACUUUGACCCAGGAAAGAGGGUCAGGACUGGAAUCCCUGAGUGUAGGCGAACUCUCCUUUUAGCUCUCUCUCAGUUAAAUGAACACACACACUCACAGGUACACAAACACACACAGACAUGACAGACGACUUCAGAUAGGUUUUAAUACCGCAGUAAGACGCAUACACUCUCACAGAGCCUUUCAAAAGUCAAGUUCUACUGCUUUCCAAAGUCAGCAGAGGCUAAAUUGAAUAAUGCCUUCUGAGAGGGACGAGUUUAUUCACCUAGUGCUGAACACGAAGGAAGAGAAUGGCGGAGAGCGAGGGUGGCAAAAUGUUACAGAGGAGGGCUGUUUUGUGCCCAGGGAUGGUCAGAUGGACUAAUUGACUAAUGGCUGCCUGCGGACGUGAGCGUGACUUGAACAGAAGACCACACGGCUCUUCAAGAAUCCAACCAAGGAGGGAUGCAGAAAACAACAACAACAACAGAAAAAAAUAAAAAUAAAUAAGAUGAAUAUCAUACAAUGCAUAAACUCAUGCAUACCAGUGAACUUCAUGCAGUGCAAAAAAUCCAAGCUAUAUAUAUAGAUAUUUAUAUAUGUGUGUAUAUAAAUAUGUAUAUAUAUAUAUAUAAAUAUAUAAAUAUAAAUAUUAUAUAUUCCUGUAAUAACGCAAUUCAACUUUUAAGUUUUUGUUAGUUUUUACCCCAUGUUGUGUGUUGGUGUACACUGUGUGUGAGAUCUGCCUUUGUGCACCAUUUAAACCUCCAACAGACACACACACACACACACACACACACACAUAUAUAUAUA